GGUGCUUUCACUGCCCUAUAAUCUGCUUCAAUGUCAGUUGACAGUGAGGCUCGUUGAAGCUAAGAGCGGUCGACAUCUUGAAUUGGAGUAAGAAAGUGAGUGAAAUAAAAACCUUGAUCUUAACCAUCCUGUUUCAAUAUUAGUGCAUUCAGGACACGUAGCUACGGCUUUUCGGGGAAACUGGCCUGUACAGCUUCAGUCACUCCUCAUGACCUGUUAUGACUGAGAGGCUGCCAUCAUGAUUGGAGGAUUGUUCAUCUACAACCACAAGGGGGAGGUGCUGAUCUCCCGCGUCUACCGUGAUGACAUAGGACGCAACGCGGUGGACGCGUUCCGCGUGAACGUGAUCCAUGCGCGGCAGCAGGUGCGCUCGCCGGUCACCAACAUCGCCCGCACCAGCUUCUUCCACGUCAAGCGCUCCAACAUCUGGCUGGCGGCGGUCACCAAGCAGAAUGUCAACGCCGCCAUGGUGUUCGAGUUCCUCUACAAGAUGUGCGACGUCAUGACGGCCUACUUCGGCAAGAUCAGCGAGGAGAACAUCAAGAACAACUUUGUGCUGAUCUACGAGCUGCUGGAUGAGAUCCUGGACUUUGGCUACCCCCAGAACUCAGAGACUGGCGCACUGAAGACCUUCAUCACUCAAACGGGCAUCAAGAGCCAGCACCAUUCCAAGGAGGAGCAGUCUCAGAUCACCAGUCAGGUGACUGGGCAGAUCGGCUGGCGUCGCGAGGGCAUCAAGUACCGUCGCAACGAGCUCUUCCUGGACGUGCUGGAGAGUGUCAACCUGCUGAUGUCGCCACAAGGCCAGGUGCUGAGCGCCCACGUCUCGGGCCGCGUGGUGAUGAAGAGCUACCUGAGCGGCAUGCCGGAGUGCAAAUUUGGCAUGAACGACAAGAUUGUCAUUGACAAACAGGGCAAGGGGGGCGCCACCGAGGAGGCGGCGGGCAAGAGUGAUUUGGGGGGCAGUGGCGGUGGCGGUGGUGGUGGUAAGCAAUCCAUAGCCAUUGACGACUGUACAUUCCACCAGUGUGUGCGUCUCAGCAAGUUUGACGCUGAGCGCAGCAUCAGCUUCAUUCCUCCGGACGGAGAGUGUGAGCUCAUGAGGUACCGCACCACCAAGGACAUCAUCCUACCCUUCCGCGUCAUCCCCCUUGUCAGGGAGGUGGGCCGCACAAAGCUUGAAGUCAAGGUGGUCAUUAAGUCCAACUUCAAGCCCUCGCUUCUGGCUCAGAAGAUUGAGGUGCGCAUCCCCACCCCUCUCAACACCAGCGGCGUCCAGGUGAUCUGCAUGAAGGGCAAGGCCAAGUACAAGGCCAGCGAAAACGCCAUCGUCUGGAAGAUCAAGCGUAUGGCAGGGAUGAAAGAGUCUCAGAUCAGUGCUGAGAUCGAGCUGCUGCCCACCAACGACAAGAAGAAGUGGGCGCGCCCUCCCAUCUCCAUGAACUUUGAGGUGCCAUUUGCUCCGUCCGGGCUCAAGGUGCGCUACCUGAAGGUGUUUGAGCCCAAGCUGAACUACAGUGACCACGACGUCAUCAAAUGGGUGCGCUACAUCGGCCGCAGCGGCAUCUACGAGACGCGCUGCUAACCGGCACUUUGCGAUCGGGCGGAAAGAGGGGCGCAACAGGGAAGAGGCUGCAACAAGGGAGAGAGCAAAAACGACAACAUGGGAUCACUACUAUCCCAUCGCGUCUGUUUUUUCUGACUUUUCUUCCCAUGAGCUGGCUGACAAAAAAAAAUGAAAAAUGAAAAUUAUGAAAUGAUUAAAUGCAUAUACAGUACCAGUCAAAAGUCUGGACACCUAC